AUGGCCUCCACUCCUCGAGCCAUUCCCUUCGACCCGCUCGAUCUCAACAAGCUUGAACGCUUAAUUUUUGCUCAGGCCGUUUACGAACUUGGAUCAGGCGCAUGGCCUGGCGUCUCUCAAAUCCUCUCCGAUCACCCUUUAUUGUCUCGCCCAAAGAAUUUCUUCACGCCUGAAUCAUGUCAGGAAAUAUAUCUUCAUUUGAUGGAUGAUGCAGGCUUAGAGAGUUCUGACGUUGACCUCAUGGCACGACGGGGUACUUCCAAUUUGAAGCUAGCACGGCACAUGUAUGAAGCACGCCUACUCGAAAUCCGUGAAUUGAUCGCUGCAGAGGAGGUGAGAUUCAAGACAGUUGUCGCAGAAAUUGACGCCAUUAGGUCUGGGACAUGGGAUGACAGAAUUAAAACUGAUCUAGGUUUGAACGCAAGUGGACCCGACGAGCCGCUGUCCAACGAAACAGAACAACUAGAAAGUAAUCAAUUCGUUGGCGAGGAUGCAACAACUUCGCAGGAAGUCAGUCCUCCAAGCCCUCUAGUGCAGCACGAAGAACCAUUGCUUGAGGCAGAUGAUACGAAGCAGGCCGAUAUGCAAAUAAUCGAACCAAUCGAACCAAAUCUGGUUCAAGAAGUAGGCGACCUUCGUGAAACUUCAGAGGCGCGAGGACAACCAGAGAUUUCUGCCAAUGUUCAACCCAUCGAAGACGCAACAAUGGUUGAACCUACGACAGACGAGGAUCAUACACUAGACUCGCCAAUCCCGGAGAUUGCUACCUCGCCACUUGAUACAUCCCAGCAAGGGGGCGCUCUCUCGGUCGAGACUAAGGCAGAUGACCCCGACCCGAGCCUGGAGACGGGCAGUCAUUACGAGAAUGUCCCUUCCCUAGAGCAUGAACGGGAUAUCGAGACGGAGACUGCGAGGGUCAGUCCUGGCGUUGGCCUAAUACAGGCAUUUGUUGAAACGGAAGCUCGGACGCCAGAGCUGCCCUCAGACGAAGCCGAUAAAGCCGACCAGAUUCCUCGAGACAGUAAACGCAAGGCUUCCGAGGUUGACUCCAUCGAGUCACAGCGAGAAAAGAAGAAAGCGAGAGAGGAUUCACAGGUCGCCGAGGAUGACGAUGGAACGAUGAACGCAGGUCCUUCGCGUAGGCGGCUUACUCGUGCACCCAAUCACGAAACAACGCAGGCAGUCAAAAAAUUCCAAAGUGUCAUCAUUAUGCUCCAUUCGCAAAUCUCCCAACAUCGAAACGGCAACAUAUUUCACAACCCAAUUAAAAACUCUGAGGCUCCAGAUUACCACGAGAUUGUUAAGCGCCCAAUGGAUCUGAAGACGAUCAAAACAAGAAUUAAAGAUGGAGCCAUCUCAAACUCCGCGGAGUUCCAGAGGGACGUGUAUCUAAUGUUCGCCAAUUCCAUGAUGUACAACAGGCCUAAGUCAGACAUUUACAACAUGGCAGAGGAGAUGAUGUUAGAGAGCGAGGUGCAGAUCAAUAGCUUCAGACAGACGGAAGGCUUUAUUCGGGGUGGCCACCGUCUCUGA